GUCACAAUUUUUAAAUAGAUUACUAGGGGUCAGUUUGGACAUAUAUAGACAAGACCGGGGUGACAUCGGACAAGUAUUUUUGUUGAGUUGAUUUCAUGUGUGCUAUAAGGUUUUCUUUUUCAAAGGGGCAGUUUUGAAACUCUAGCUGUGUUUCUUCAUCAUUAAGUGGUUCUCUAAUUCAGCAGUGCUGUUUCACGUACAUAUUUCCCGUCUGUACAUGGACUAUGAAGAGGACGAUGAUAUCUCCUUUGCAAGAUGGAUGAGCAGUUUCUGGGGACACAAUGUGUCGGACGAAAAAGAGCAAGAGAGUAGAGCACACAGGAAACAGCAGGAAAGGAGAGCUUCUCUUCCGGCGAAGCUUUCUGCCAUCCACAUGACAAAAUUCCAUGGUUCUACCAAGAUCCCAUCUUCAGGCCAUCUGAAGUGUGGCAAAGAAUUGCGAAAAGACCAAGAUACAAAUUGCCAUUGCCACACAAAAGCAUGCAGAAAGUCCUCAAGUGGCAGUUCUCCACAAGUGGCAAGUGGACCAAACAGUAGAUCCAACUCCAUUCAGGAGUUUUCAGAAUCUUUUGAAAGGCAACUGCAUUUCAAAAACAAGCGCUCCGUUUCUUUGGAACCUGAAGGGAUGAAAGAGAGGCGGGAAAGGGAAAAACUGCGAAUUCCCAAGAGCAGAUCUCAUAAGAAAACAUCAGAAAAGAAGGAACCAAAGAUGGAGCAAGAGGCAAGAAAAUGUUCCAUGGAGCUCUCAGCUGAAAAAUGUAGUUAAUAAUUCCCAUAACAUACACACAAAAUGUGGAAACACGUUUCUAUAUAUUAUCAUAGACUGAGUUUUUAUAAAAGAAACUCAGAGUGUAAAAUAGAAUCUGACAUUUAGUUUGUAUUCUUUAGACUUGCCAGUAUGUAUUAAAAUAGGACAGAUCUUACAUGUCAAAAUUAAAUUUAUUUGUCUUGUUUUGAACUAUGUAGACUGGAUUGUUAGCUUUUUCUUCAUUACAGAUGAAGCAUUAGUUUUGAAUCAAGUCAACAUGUCCUUUUAAGCUCUUUUUUGUGGCCACUGAUCUCAACCACCAAAUUGGCUGCUGAAACAAUAGAAUAGAUCAUUCCUAGGUUCUAGACAACCUGAGAGGUUCUCCACAUGACUGCUUCUUAACCUGAUUUGGGUACCUGCCUGAUUUGGGUCUUUCCUCCCCAAUUUGCUGGGAAUUGACACUAUAUCUGUACCCACUGACUUUCUUUUCAGAAAACUUGCUCCCAACUAGUAGCUAACAGCUUGCAGUACCGUGAACCUCAUGGUGUAGAGGAGAGGAAUACCCUGGCAUCACAGGGAGUGAGCAAAUUGCAGUGAUCACUGAGAAAGCAGCAAAUUUGGCAGUGGUACUUUCUCUGUGGAUUCUGUAGAUCCCAUGCAGAUCCCCAACCAAAGGGACUUUACAGCUAAAUAUACCAAUUCACUAUGAGAUAGGUAUGGACAAAAAAUGUAAAGCCAUAUGAAAAUAACACUUGGUACAGUUGACUGAAGUAGAAAAACAUAAAGACAAAAUUACAGAUGUAUAGAUCUCCAGGAGCAACCCUCCCAAGAAGCAGAGCCCACCUGGUAUUAUUCUCAGUCAAGGGAGCAGCCAAAGGAUCCUGGGCCACAAUCAAGAAGGCCACAAUCUUGAGUAUGAAUGACUUGAAUUAGGCUAAACUUUGGCCCUCCAGGUGUUUUGGACUGCAACUCCCAAAAAUCCCAGCCAGGGCCGAAGUUUGUCCAUGCCUGAAUUAGGCUAUUAAUAAGGGGUCUCUUAGAGAUCCCUCCUGCAUAAGGUUGCCAUAAGUUCAAGACAACAUGACAGUAAUAAAUAAUAUUAUGAGGGCUAUCCAGAAAGUAGGUUACGUUUUGGAUUUUAAAAAGUAUAGGAUAAAUCAUUUACCAUAUGCAGCUGAAAGACACAUUCCAAGACUACAAUCUCAUUUAUUCCCCAUUGAAAUUUAGGCACGUUUCAUAUAGAUAAAUGAGUUUGAAAAGUACUGCCCCAGUAAAUUUUCCGCCUCUCUCCUUUGUUUCCAACAAUGGGGGCGUGGCUGGCAGUGCAGCGUUUUGGCUACGCUGCAGGAAGGGGGAAGAGCUGAAGACACAAGUGGGGAAUUUACUGGAGCAGUACUUUUCAAACUCAUUUAUC